CCUGCUCAGCCCGAGGGGAUCUCCCGAGGAAGUGGCACCUGGGGACGAUUUUCCUGUUUGACCAGACUUUCCGAACUCCCGCGGCCGGGCCUCCCAGACCCCUCGCCUGGGCUCGACCCUUCUGGCUACCCGCGCCUUACCCUCUCCAAUUCGCAUACCGCCCCAGGGCUCGGCGAAUCCGCUGCGCGCAGCCCCCGGCGAGCGAGCGCCGGACUGCAGUCGUCGCCCCUCGGGGCUGGGGUGCUGGCGCCGCGUGGUGACUGCGGGGGAGUUGUAUGCUGCGUGGACCUGCGUCUCCUCCUUGCGUCCCCCGCAGGGGCCACUCCUGCCGGGACCCCGCACCGCAGCUCCAGCGCGCGGGCGCGUGGGAGGAGGGAGGGAAACAAGGGUGGUGGGGAUGGAGAGGGGGUAAGUGAAGAGAGAGAAGGGAAAGGAGCCGGAGAAAGAGAAAAUACGGGGAAAAGGAAAGGAGAAAGAUAAAAAGAAGGAGGUGGAGAAGGAGAAAAUUAAGGAAAAAGAAAAGGAAAGGGGGAGGGAGGAGAAAAGUAAGAGUAAAGAAGAGGAAAAGAGGAAAGGGCGGGAGACGGAGAAGGGGAAGGAACAAUUUACGGAAAAAGAAGAGAAAGAGAAGGACAACAGCACGUUGGCAAAGCCGCCGCUGGAGCUGCCGGAGAAAAAUAAGCAGAUCCUAGUGCUGGGCCUGGAUGGAGCAGGAAAGACCAGUGUUCUCCACUCUCUAGCUUUAAACAGAGUCCAGCACAGCGUGGCACCAACCCAAGGUUUCAAUGCAGUGUGCAUCAGCACUGAAGACAGCCAGUUGGAGUUCCUGGAGAUUGGUGGCAGCAAACCUUUCCGUUCCUGUUGGGAAAUGUACCUGUCCAAGGGAUUGCUGCUAAUCUUUGUGGUGGAUUCAGCAGAUCACAACAGAUUACCUGAAGCCAAGAAGCACCUUCAUCAACUAAUUGGGACAAAUCCAAUCCUUCCUCUGGUUGUGUUUGCAAACAAACAGGAUCUUGAAGCAGCCUAUCACAUUACAGAUAUCCAUGAAGCUUUGGCAUUAUCUGAGGUGGGAAAUGACAGGAAGAUGUUCUUGUUUGGAACCCAGGUGACUGAGAAUGGCUCAGAGAUACCCUCCAUCAUGCAAGAUGCCAGAGACCUGAUUGCACAGCUGGCUGCAGACAUGCAGUGAUCAGGCCUAGGCCCACUGUGAGGCUCAUGAUUUGAACGUCACCAGGGAAUGUUUAGCGGCAGGCUGGAAGCCAAAAGUUUCCACUUUCCAAUAAAAAAUAAGGCAUUUCCUAUUUUCUCAAUGCAGGGCAUAUACACAUAUAUAAGAUAAUGUUAAUUGAUUAAGAGGAUCUCUAUUUAUAUUUUGAACUUUAAAAAUAUUGGUAAAACAAUGUAUUUAGAGGGAUUUGGAUUUUUUUUUAAUUUUUAUUUAUUUUUGGCUGCGUUGGGUCUUUGUUGCUGCAUGCGGGCUUUCUCUAGUUGCAGCGAGCGGGGGCUACUUUUCGUAGUGGUGCAUGGGCUUCUUAUUGCGGUGGCUUCUCUUGUUGCGGAGCACAGGCUCUAGGUGCACGGGCUUCAGUAGUUGUGGCACAUUGGCUCAGUAGUUGUGGCUCGCAGGCUCUAGAGCGCAGGCUCAGUAGUUGUGGUGCACGGGCUUCAUUGCUCCAUGGCAUGUGGGAUCUACCCAGACCAGGGCUUGAACCCACAUCCCCUGCAUUGGCAGGUAGAUUCUUAACCACUGUGCCACCAGGGAAUUCCCGGGAUUUGGAUUUUUAAUCAACCAAAUUAAAGUGAACAGUAGGAAGCAUUCAUUCCAUUUGUAGUUUCUCAAUGAAAUGAGAUUUACAUUAAAAUAUUUUAAUAACUUUUCUCUUUUCAAGUAAAAAUCCAGGUGUCUUUCCUUUAAGUGGAUCCGUUUAAUACUGUAGGGAAAAAAAUAUCAGGAUAGGGCAAUAAGAAAAGUAAGCACUAUCAAACCCACAUAGAAAUAUAAAUUAACAGCAUUCAGAAAGAUUUAGGAAAGGCUUCUUUUUAAGAAACUAUUGCACUAAAAGAAGAACACCGUGAGGAUUUGUUUUUUAAAUUCUUGUUAUUUAGCUUUUUUAUAUAGGUAAGCUUUCUUUACUAGAAAUAUUUUGUAAGAGUGAUAACUCUGUUUACCUACAGACAUAAAUCCAACUUCGAACCUUA